GGAGCGGAGCAGAGCAUCACAACUCGCGUUGAGGCAAACGGGCAAACACAGCACUCUCCCCCCCCUCCGAUUUCUCUCUCCAUCCUGGCCUGCGUACAAAACAUGUCUGCUGGGAGAAAUUGACGUACUGGAUUUGUACUUUCGUCAGAACGGCCAUCGCUUCCCAGGCGCAGCUCGAUUGUUUCCUGCGCCAAGAACUGUAAAGACAUGGUCGUUACACCACCGCGUCUGUGAUGAAGAGCAAUCAUCAAGUAACCGGCUAAUCUGCAGAGUUUACUGCUUUCUACAAUGUCCCAGCGAGGCUCCCACAGCCGUGCCAUGAGUUCUGAGGAGAGGAGCUCCGUGACGCUCAACAAGAUCUCCACGCCGGUGCACAAGAGUCCAUCCUCCUCUUCCUCAUCCCAGCGCGACAGCCGGCAGGAGACAGACAGCUGGGAAAUCAUCGAGGGACUGAAAAUCGGUCAAAGCAGCGUCCAGAGGCCAGAUAAACAUGAGGGAUUUAUGCUGAAGAAGCGGAAAUGGCCCCUUAAAGGCUGGCACAAGCGCUUUUUCGUUUUGGACAAUGGGAUCCUGAAGUACUCCAAGUCCCCGAUUGAUAUUCAGAAAGGCAAACUGCAUGGCAGCAUUGAUGUUGGCCUCUCGGUGAUGUCUAUCAAAAAGAAGGCCCGGCGUAUUGACCUGGACACAGAGGAGCAUAUCUAUCACCUCAAGGUUAAAUCCCAAGAUAUCUUUGAUGCUUGGGUGUCCAAGUUGCGAUAUCACCGCCUCUACCGACAGAACGAGAUCGUGCGAUCUCCUCGCGAUGCUUCUAUGAGGACAUUUCCUCCAUCAGCUGUUGCAGAGUCUGCCCAAGCUGCUUCAGGUGUCGGACAUGAGGUUAAGCAGGCUAAACCCAGUAGUUUGCCAUGGCAACCACCAGUCCCCACCAACAGCAGCCUGCCUGGCUCCUACAGUAACGGUCAGAGCAAAGUGGCUGCUUGGCUGCAGGAAUCGGAGGAGAUGGACAAAUGUGCAGAAGAUCUUGCACGUUGCCAGUCCAACCUAACCGAGCUGAGUGGCUUGUUGCAGAGUCUGGAGAUUCUACAAAGGACACAGUCAGCUCCCAACUUUGCAGAUAUGCAGACUGCUUGUGUAGAAUUGUCAAAGAAAGAAAAGCGCUUGAACAGAAGAUGGAGGACAAAAAGUGUCGGCAAAGACGCAAAAUUCCAGCUUCAGGUCCCGCUCUCAUCCAGCAUGUCUCCUGUCCGCCUCCACUCAUCCAACCCUAACCUCUGCGCCGAGUUGGGGGACUUUCAAGCUCCCGUCUCCAGGCUGACAGACAGUGUAGAGUGUUCCAGUGACUACACUAAACUGCAGGAGGAAUUCUGCACCAUUGCCCAAAAAGUCCACACUCUGCUCAAGUCGGCCUUCAACACAGUGGCCAUCGAGAAAGAAAAGAUCAAACAGAUUCUAUCAGACCAGGACCAGUCUGACCCAUCAGCGCAGAUCAACUCCCUCAGGAAGUCUCUGUCACAGGCUGUGUCCCAAAACGCAGAACUGCGAACCCGACUGAAUCGCAUCCACUCAGAGUCUGUCCUGACGGAACAAGUUGUCAGUGUAAACAUCAUCUCCACGCCUGACGAGGUUGUCGAGCAGAUGGGGAUCCCUCUGACUCAGCAGGCCUCUAAUGAGAGUCGACUCUCCAUGUCGGAGUCUGUCUCAGAGUUUUUUGAUGCCCAGGAAGUGCUCCUGUCAGCGAGCUCAUCGGAGAAUGAGGGCUCGGAUGAUGAGUCAUACGUCAGUGAUGUGAGCGAUAACAUCUCAGAGGACAAUGCCAGCGUGACAGACAACGUUUCCAGACAAAGAGUCUAUGACACCUGCUCCCACUCCCUGAGAGUCUACGACACCUGCUCCCACUCCCUGAGAGUCUAUGACACCUGCUCCCACUCCCUGAGAGUCUAUGACACCUGCUCCCACUCCCUGAGAGUCUAUGACACCUGCUCCCACUCCCUGAGAGUCUACGACACCUGCUCCCACUCCCUGAGAGUCUAUGACACCUGCUCCCACUCCCUGAGAGUCUACGACACCUGCUCCCACUCCCUGAGAGUCUAUGACACCUGCUCCCACUCCCUGAGAGUCUAUGACACCUGCUCCCACUCCCUGAGAGUCUAUGACACCUGCUCCCACUCCCUGAGAGUCUACGACACCUGCUCCCACUCCCUGAGAGUCUAUGACACCUGCUCCCACUCCCUGAGAGUCUAUGACACCUGCUCCCACUCCCUGAGAGUCUACGACACCUGCUCCCACUCCCUGAGAGUCUACGACACCUGCUCCCACUCCCUGAGAGUCUAUGACACCUGCUCCCACUCCCUGAGAGUCUAUGACACCUGCUCCCACUCCCUGAGAGUCUAUGACACCUGCUCCCACUCCCUGAGAGUCUACGACACCUGCUCCCACUCCCUGAGUGAGAAGGGCUGGACUGUGGGGAUCAGGACCAGAGACUCUUCAGGCAGCAGAGACGCACGUUUCUACUUCUCACUUCGCACCGACCGAGCACUGAAGCCCACCAGCGUGUUUAGUCCUCAUCCCUACCCAGCCAACACCUGGACUCACCUGGUGGUCACCUACAACGGUCACUACAUGAGUCUCUAUGUGGGUGGAGCCAAGGUAGGAGAAAGUGGUCUCCAGGUGGGAGAACUGUAUAGUCCCUUCAUGAAGACCUGUAGAACUUUCUUCCUGGGCUCCAACCAAUCGGAACGAGGACAAGGUUUCCGAGGUCUACUAGGGGGCGUGGUCUUGUGGGACCAUGCUGUCUCUCACGAAGACCUGAUGAUGCAACCACGCCCAACUAAACCUCCUCUUCUGAUGAUGCAACCACGCCCAACUAAACCUCCUCUUCUGAUGAUGCAACCACGCCCAACUAAACCUCCUCUUCUGGCUUUCUGGGCAGACUUCACUAAUGUGGAGCAGAUGUGGACCCCGUGCAAGGUGGACUUCCAUCCAGAGAUCAUUAUCAGUCCACUUCCUGACGUAGGACUGGUGUCCCCCUUCUUAGCGCCCCCUUGUGGCGUGACGUCCUGUGACAACACGGACAUCAUGUGGGGCUACAACCGUCACUGGCAGCUUCGCUCUCCCAAGCGACUGCGCUACAGGAUCGUCAACCUCUGCCAGGACGACGGCCAGAACCCCACCGUGUCCCGGGACCAGAUCCAGCUGCAGCACGGGGCGCUGAUUGCCGCCUUGGCGCCGUACAACAUCACCUUUGACCUGAGCGUGCUGGCCGUCACCAACUCCAGUCUGAGGCGCAGGUUGAUCCUCAGCAACUGUCACGUGGGCAAGAUAGGAAACGGGCGCUGCGACCCCGAGUGUGACCACCCCAGGACGGGUCACGACGGAGGAGACUGUCUCAGGCCGGGACCUUGUUCCAGCUGGAAGAGACAAGAUGGCCGCUGUCACGCCGAAUGUAACAGCGUCCUCUACGACUACGACGAUGGAGACUGCUGUGACCCUCAGGUGACAGAUGUCCUCAACACCUGCUUUGAUCCACACUCACCUGACAGGGCCUACAUGAGUGUGAAAGAGCUGAAGCAGGAGCUUCACCUGAGUGGCACAGACACGCUCAAUGUCUUCUUUGCCAGCAACUCUGUACGAGAAGAACUAGCCGGAGCAGCAACCUGGCCGUGGGCAAAGGAAGCUCUGACACACCAAGGUGGAAUGGUGCUGAACCCAUCCUAUUUUGGCACAAGUGGCCACCACAACACCAUGAUCCAUGAAAUGGGUCACAUUCUUGGACUGUACCAUGUCUUCAAGGGAGUAAGCGAACGAGAAUCCUGCGACGACCCAUGUCAGGAGACAACAGCAUCCAUGGAAACGGGAGAUCUUUGUGCUGACACGGCACCGACACCCAAGUCCAAAAGCUGCCAUGAUCCUGGAGCUGUGAACGACAGCUGUGGCAUCACCGUCUACCAGGACACACCUUACAACAAUUACAUGAGUUACACAGACGACAACUGCACCAACCGAUUCACUCCCAACCAGGUCGCCAGGAUGCAUUGUUAUGUGGACCUGGUCUACCAGAGGUGGCUGACGCAAGGUUUGCCUGCUCCCGUUCCUCUGGCACCGCUAGUCACCCAGCAGGGUCCAGAUUGGGUUUCCAUCUACUGGCCGGCGCCACUAGGAGGACCACUACAUCAAAGCUCCGCCCCCAACCUGCCUGAAGUCAGCUGUAAGGAAUGCGAGAAAGGUGGUGUCUUCCACCAGUACGCCCAGGAGGCCACCUCCACCUCCACCUCCACCCGCGUGUGUGACACGUCCGGCUACUGGACACCUGACGAGGCCAUUGGCCAACCGGACGUGGAGAAGUUGUGUGAACCCAGUCUACAAGCCUGGAGUCCGGAGCUCAGUCUUUACGACACCAACGUGACCUCACCGUGUCCACAACCGGAAGGCUGCACCCUCACGCUGAAGUUCCGCUACCCUCUCGUCCCACACACACUCACCCUCUGGGUCACCUACAUCUCCGCAAGUAACCCCGCCCUGGCUGACGUGGAGCUGAUCCCAGACGCAGGUGAGAGCAUCCACCUGGGAGCGCAGUACGUCUUCUGUGACACGCCCUUCACGCUGCGCCUGCACGCCCUCCGUGUGGCAGUGAGCGCCGUCAAGCUGAGCACCUUUGACGAGAAGAUGGAGGUGGACGCCGCCAUGUUGUCUUCUGGUCCCGCCAGUCCUCUGUGCUCCGCCUGUUUGCCUUUGCUGUAUCGGGUCCACCGGCGGCCUGCUUGGCGCGGUCCACCGCCGUCGCCUCGGACUCAGCAGACCUUCACGGACAGCAGAAGUGUGGAGAGGGGACAAGAGUACGAGUACGUGGUCCAAGUCCAGGCCGGCGGUAUUCUGAGCAGUCCUUCGCCACCCCUCCUUUACACUCACGGUCAGCCUUACUGCGGCGAUGGCGUCAUUGGAGGGGCCGAGGAGUGCGAUGACGGCAAUCUGCUGGAUGCGGACGGCUGCUCCAAGAAGUGUCUCCAGGAAAGUGGCUUCAACUGCCUUGGGGAACCGAGCCGCUGUUACGUCUUCGAAGGAGACGGCGUUUGCGAGGAGUUUGAACGCGGGUCCAGUGUGCAGGACUGUGGUUAUUUCACACCUUUGGGGUACACGGACCAGUGGGCGGCGAGCGCCUCAGCUUCUCAUCAGGACCCCGUCCACUGCCCCGCCCACGCAGCCACCGGCCAACCAUCAUUCCAGAAGCUCUGCAGGUACCAGUACACGGACGAGAGGGAAAAACUGGCCAGGGAUGCUUGGUUUCCUUGCAAGGCUCCUUCAGACGCAAAAAACGACCUCCAAGAUCCUUUCUGGCUCAAGGUGGGAUUUUUCCACUCCGGAGUGGCUGCUUCAGUUCUGGUCUAUGUGGCCUCAGGUGGAUCCUGGAGUGAAGACCAUCACCACAGGACAGCAACCAUCCUGCUUGUAGAUACCACUGGAAGGAAUCACUCAUUAGGCACACAUAAUCUCUCUUGCCGUCGGAACCCGCUGAUGGUGAACGUGACCCAUGACCUCUCGCAGCCCUUCUUCCUGACAGCGUCUGUCAUCCUCCUCUUGUCCUCCCCCUCUGUGGCCAUCACCGCCAUUACCUUGAGGACUUCCUGCCACUUCAGCACCUUCGCCAAGACCGGAUGUUUGAGGCGGACGUGUCAGAUGGACAUCUGCCAUCCCCCGCAGAUUGAUCACGCCUCCGUCAGGUGUGCGGGAGGGGGGGAGUCUUCCCACUGCUCUGUUCAGUGUCGCCAUGGUUACAGCAUCACCGUCGUCAGCGGGAGGGACGUCCCGCCACACCAGAGCAAGACGAAGAUGGAGUGUUUCCAAGGACUUUGGGACCGUGUGGUCCUCUGCCAGACUGUGGACUGUGGUCUUCCUGGUCCCUCUCACGUCUACCACGCCAUCUUCACCUGUCCCUGGGGGACCACCUUUGGCAGACAGUGCUCCUUCACCUGUGGACCUCCUGCCAUACUUCAAGGUGACAGCGACCGGUUGGUGUGUUUGGAGGACGGACUGUGGUCUUUCCCGGAGGCGUAUUGUAAGAUCGAGUGUUCCGAGCUGCCCAAGGUCCUCAAUGCUAAGCUACUAACUGCCGAGUGUUUGGCUCCGAGUCACCCUGUUGGCACCGUGUGUCACUACAAAUGUCAACCAGGGUUCUACCAGGCAGGCAGCGUCAACAACACCCAAAGGAAGUACCUGAAGUUGGAGUGCCAGGAGGGGGGGCAGUGGGGGGGUGGCAGGUGUGAACCCACAUCGUGCCCACCUUUACCUGAUGUGUACCAGGGCAUGUUCACCUGUACCAACCACUUCUUCUACGGCAGCACCUGUACCCUGCAGUGUCCUCAGCCAGCAGAACAUAGCGUGAUUAAGUGCACUAAAGAUGGAAAAUGGACAGAAAACUUUUCUAUGUGUUCCAACAUCAAAGGAUUUUGUUCUUCUCCUCCUCAACUUCAUCAUGUCGAAUAUUUGUGUAGUGAAGGAACUCAUGUUGGUUCUGUGUGUUCCCCUUCUUGUGUUCUGAGUCCAGACAUGGAUCUUCAUGACCCAGUUCUGUUGCCUAGCAACACGACACCUGCUUCUUUGACACACUGGAUGCUUCCUGUCAAAGUACAGAAGAUGGUGUGCACGGGGAAGAAGAGGUGGUUCCCAGACCCUGCCAGGAUUUACUGCAUCCACUCCUGUGAGCCUUUUGGUGGAGAUGGGUGGUGCGACACCCUCAACAACCGCGCCUACUGCCACUAUGAUGGUGGUGACUGCUGCCCUUCCACUCUCUCCUCCAGGAAGGUGGUCCAGUUUGGGGCCGACUGCAACCAGGACCAGUGUACUUGCCUGGAUCCUCAGGCCCAGGAGAACCUAAGCAAGAACCUGGAAGGAAUCCAAUAGUUGGAUCAACGUCUACAAAUAUUAUAAACAAAUUAAAUGUUUUUAUAUUUGGGGACAUUCUUGUAAAAAAAAAGUACUAGCAUCAUUGCUAAUGUAGAAACUCAGAAGUUUUUAACCCCGCUAUUAACGUUGAAGUUUGAUGGAUAUUACUGAUGUACUGUGCAGCAAUACUACUAUAUUAUACUAUGAAGUAUUAUACUAUGAAGUAAUGUUCUUUUAGUGAUGUACUGUGCAGAAAUACUACUAUAUAUUACUAUGAAGUAUUAUACUAUGAAGUAAUGUUCUU